GCGGCAGGAGGAGGAGUAGGUGCGGGUGAAGAUGGCGGCAGCCGAGGCCGCGAACUGCAUCAUGGAGAAUUUUGUAGCCACCUUGGCUAAUGGGAUGAGCCUCCAGCCGCCUCUUGAAGAAGUCUCCUGUGGCCAAGCAGAAAGCAGCGAGAAGCCCAACGCUGAGGACAUGACGUCCAAAGAUUACUACUUUGAUUCCUAUGCUCACUUCGGCAUUCACGAGGAGAUGCUGAAAGAUGAGGUACGCACCCUCACGUACCGAAACUCCAUGUUUCACAACCGGCACCUCUUCAAGGACAAGGUGGUGCUGGACGUGGGAUCGGGCACAGGGAUCCUCUGUAUGUUCGCUGCCAAGGCCGGAGCCCGCAAGGUCAUCGGGGCACCCGAUGGCCUCAUCUUCCCAGACCGGGCCACGCUGUAUGUGACGGCCAUCGAAGACCGGCAGUACAAAGACUACAAGAUCCACUGGUGGGAGAACGUAUAUGGCUUUGACAUGUCUUGCAUCAAAGACGUGGCCAUCAAGGAGCCUCUGGUGGACGUGGUGGACCCCAAGCAGUUGGUCACCAAUGCCUGCCUCAUAAAGGAGGUGGACAUCUACACUGUCAAGGUGGAAGACCUGACCUUCACCUCCCCCUUCUGCCUGCAAGUGAAGCGGAAUGAUUACGUGCACGCGCUGGUGGCCUACUUCAACAUCGAGUUCACUCGCUGCCACAAGAGGACAGGCUUCUCCACCAGCCCCGAGUCCCCGUACACGCACUGGAAGCAGACCGUGUUCUACAUGGAGGACUACCUGACCGUGAAGACGGGCGAGGAGAUCUUUGGCACCAUUGGCAUGCGGCCCAAUGCCAAGAAUAAUCGCGACCUGGACUUCACCAUCGACCUGGACUUCAAGGGCCAGCUGUGCGAGCUGUCCUGCUCCACUGACUACCGGAUGCGCUGAGGCGGCGCCCGGCUUCUCCCACCCCGGCCGGGCCGGCCCUGCACGGGCCCAGGGGCUGCUGCAUCCUUAGGCAGUUUGGGGGCUCCCCCUUCCUCUCCUUCCCUCCCUCAGAAGGGGGUUUUAGGGGCCUGGG